ACAAGCUUUUCCAGUGCUUUAGGAAGAUACAAUUCCCACCCCGGUGAGCUCACAAGCAGCAAGUGAAGGGUAUGAAAUUGCUGGUAGUAGUAGUAGUAGGCUGUUAUCCUCUGAUGAGGGCCAGCCACUCAAGGAGGAUACGUAACAUCCCUGGCCCAGCAGGUUACACACUCACCCAGAUAGAUCCAUGCUCUGGCCCUCUCACCCACCCUUUGGUCUCUAGGUCUGUGGGGCUCCCACCCACUCUCUGCUCUGUGCUGCUGCUGAGAUGGUCUCCCCAGCCAUUGCUCUGGCCUUCAUCCCCUUCCUGGUCACUCUGAUCAUCCGCUACCGGCACUACUUCCUGCUCUUCUACCGGGCGGUGCUGGUGCGCCGGCUGCAGGACUGCCUGACAGGCAUCUCCCGGGAGGAGCGGGCCUUCCAGUACGUCCUCACGCACGCCAUCCCCGGCGACCCCCACCACAUCCUUGAGACCUUCGACCAGUGGUGCUACCACUGCGAGUACCUCAGCAACGUGGGGCCUCACAAAGGUAAGAUCCUGGACCGUCUGAUCUAUGAGAACACGCCACUCACUGUGCUAGAGCUGGGCACGUACUGUGGUUACGCCACCAUCCUCAUGGCCCAGUGUCUGCCCAUGGGUGCCCGGCUCUACACCGUGGAGAUGGACCCACGCAAUGCCGCAGUGGCCGAGAAGGUCAUCCGCCUGGCGGGCUUCGACGAGGACACUGUGGAGCUGAUUGUGGGCGCCUCGGAGGAGGUCAUCCCACAGCUGAAGGAAAAGCACGGCCUGCUCAAGGCCGACUUUGUCUUCAUGGACCACUGGAAGCGCUGCUACCUGCGGGACCUGCAGCUGCUGGAGGCCCACGGCCUGCUGCUCGAGGGGGCCACCAUUGUGGCCGACAAUGUGGUCUUCCCCGGCGCGCCCCACUUCCUGCAGUACGUGAAGACCUGUGGCAAGUACCAGUGCAAGAUGCACAGGACCAGCUUGGAGUACUUCCGGGACAUCCCCGACGGCAUGGCCGAACUCACCUACACUGGCCUAGACUGAGCUCUCGCAGCCAAGGUGGGGCUGCCAGGCUGGGCCUCGUCCUGCCCUGCCAGGGGUCCAGCCAGUGCUGCACCAGAGCUGAGGGGUGUCUGGGCUUGGGGGCCAUGUAGAGAUGUACAAAGGUUGUGGGGGGUGGGUGGGUGUGUGCCCAUGUGCAUACAGCCUCGCCACGCUGCCCCAGAUCUGCACGUGAGCCUGUCUCUGCUCCGUGUGUAUAGGGCAGGCCUGCAGAACAUAUGGCCCGCGGGCCGCAUGUGGCCUGCGGAGCCUCACUGUGCGGCCCGCGGGGGGAUUGUAAAUCCCCCACACAGGGCGCUUUGUGGGCAGCCCAGAGCCCUUUGAAUCCCUGCUGCGGCAGGGAAUCAAAGGGCUCUGCGCUGCCCGCAGCGGUGGGGAGCCCAGAGCCCUUUAAAUCUCAGCCGUGGCGGGCAAUCAAAGGGCUCUGGGCUGCUGGCAGCCAAGGGAAGCUCAGAGC